UUCAUCUUCUAUCCUUUUUUUAAUAACUUUGCUUCACUUCAACAGUAUCUAUCUACAUACACAAGUAACAUUAAUAUCAUAUAAUAAUUACACACAACUUCUCUACUUUAUCAGUAUUUCACGUGACUCACUGAAACUUUCCAGUCUCCGACAGCUACUCUCUUGUGUCUUACAUCCUUUUGUCACGUACCUCCUGCUCCCUUCACCUCUCUCCUCCUCUCUUACAUUCUAAAGCUUUUCUCAUAUGUAAUAAUAAUAAUCAAGAACAUUAACAUGCUUCUUCUUUAACACAUUCUUACAAUGAUUCUUCGUUGUUACUUACCCUUCUUCUUCUUCUUCUUCUUCACCAUUGUUGCUUCUUCUUCUUCUUUAAACAGUACCAAAGAGUUGUUUCAUCAUCUUCAUCAUCAACACCGUGACGUUUCUGCUUUGGUACGUUUCAAAUCUAAAGCUGAUUUGUGGAACAAGAUAAACACGAGUUCUCAUUUCUGUCAAUGGUGGGGUGUUACGUGUUAUGGAAACAGAGUGGUUCGUUUGGUUAUCGAAGAUCUUUAUCUUGGUGGUCAACUCGUUCCUGACUCAGUCAAUAGACUUGACCAGCUUCGUGUUCUUAGUCUCAAGAACACUUCUUUAACCGGACCUAUACCGGAUCUCUCCGGUUUAGUUAAUCUCAAAUCGUUGUUUCUUGAUCACAACUCUUUCUCCGGUUCGUUUCCUCUCUCUGUUCUCGCUCUUCACCGGUUAAGAACUCUUGAUUUCUCAUUCAACAAUCUCAUCGGUCCAAUCCCACCCGGUUUAGCUCUUUUAGCUCGGUUAAUCUACCUCCGUCUCGAUUCAAACCGGUUUAACGGCGCCGUCCCUGCUCUAAACCAAUCCUCGCUUCAUACAUUCAAUGUUUCGGUUAACAACUUAACCGGUGCUAUACCGGUAACCGCCGUGUUAUUACGGUUUGGUAUAUCGUCAUUUCUCAAAAACCCUAAUCUCUGCGGCGAGAUUGUUCACAAAGAAUGCAAUCCAAGACCCAAGUUCUUCACUCCGGCGACGACGACGACGAAGACGGCGCCACCACCGGCUAAAUCCCUCAGUCAAAUCGCGCAAAUCGGACUCCCCCGGCCAAACCACGGCAAACAUUCACGAUUCGUGAUCAUCUUAACGUUUAUCUCCGGCGCUUUUAUCCUCUUCAUCUCAAUCGCGUGCCUAAUCGGCGCCGUGAAGAGACGAAACCACACAAAAAAUCACUCAAAAGAGAAACAAUCAACGGCGGUUGUAACAUUCGACGCGGCGGAGACAGCGGAAGUAGCGGCGGCGAUAGAACAAGAAAGCGAGAUCGAAGAAAAAGUUAAAAAGCUACAAGCGACAAAAAGCGGGAGUUUAGUAUUCUGUGCGGGUGAGGCAAACGUGUAUACGAUGGACCAGCUAAUGACAGCAUCAGCUGAGUUAUUGGGUAGAGGAACAGUAGGGACAACUUAUAAAGCAUUGCUUGACAGCCGUUUGAUCGUGACGGUUAAGAGAUUAGAUGCCAUUAGAUUAGCUGGUGUAGGGAGAGAUAAAUUUGAGCGUCACAUGGAAUCAGUUGGUGCUUUGGGUCAUCCGAAUUUGGUUCCACUCAGAGCUUAUUUUCAAGCUAAGGAAGAAAGGCUUUUGAUUUAUGAUUAUUUGCCAAAUGGCAGUCUCUCGUCUCUUGUCCACGGUACCAAAUCGUCUAGAGCAACACCAUUGCAUUGGACAUCAUGUUUGAAGAUAGCAGAAGACGUGGCUCAGGGUCUAUCAUACAUCCACCAAGCAUGGCAGCUUGUUCAUGGCAAUCUCAAAUCCUCUAAUGUCCUUCUUGGACCAGACUUCGAAGCUUGUAUCGCCGAUUACUGUCUCGUCGCGCUUGCGACAAACCCUCCUUUAACAUCAGGUGAUGGUCAAGAAGACGCGGAUGCAGCAGCUUAUAAAGCUCCUGAAGCUAGACACAAGAGUUUGAAUUACCAAUCUGUUAAAGCUGAUGUUUACGCGUUUGGGAUCCUUCUCUUGGAGCUUUUGACAGGGAAGCAACCUUCGAAAAUCCCGGUUUUGACUUUAGAUGGGAUGAUGGAAUGGGUUAGGAAAGUGAGAGAGGAAGGUGAGAAGAAGAAUGGGAAUUGGAGAGAGGAUAGAGAUAAAUUCGGAAUGCUUACCGAAGUCGCGGUGGCUUGUAGCUUAGCAUCGCCGGAGCAGAGGCCUACGAUGUGGCAAGUGUUGAAAAUGUUGCAAGAGAUUAAAGAAGCUGCUGUAAUGGAAGAGUGUGAACUUGUUAUGGACUCUACUAAUUCUGGAAGCUCCUAAUUAAGGAGAGUAGUUUAGUUUUCUAAACUUAAUCUCAAUCUCUUUAUGUCUUUCACUAAUCUUAAAAACUAUAUGUAACAGUGGCGGUUUUAGAUUAAUGCCAUGGAUCCUCACCUCAAGUUUUACUA